AUGUUGAUUACAUGGAAUGUCAGAGGCUUGGGGUUGGAUACAAAAAGAUUUGGUGUUAGAGAUUUCUGUCAAUUGAACAAAUUUGAUAUUAUUUGUUUACAAGAAACUAAGUUGAAUACUGUUACAGAGAGUAUUUUAAAAAGUUUGGGGGGUAAUUUGUUUGAUUGGUCUUUUGUACCAUCUGAAGGCUCUUCUGGUGGAAUUAUGAUUGGAUGGAAUAGCUCCAGUUGGAAGAUGUUACAAGAGAAAGUUGAUAAGUAUGUUUUGACUGUGGUUUUACAAAGUAAAAAAAAUAAUUUUAAAUGGACUCUUUCUUCAGUUUAUGGUCCACACUGUAAUAAAGAGAGGAUGGUAUUUUGGCAGGAGUUGAAAGAUAUUAAAAAUACUUUUUCAGGCCCUUGGAUUGUGGUUGGAGAUUUUAAUGUUACUUCUAAUUCUUCUGAAAGAAAAGGCAAAAGUAAUUAUAGAAGAGAAAUGGAGGAGUUUAAUGAUAUUAUUAACGAGUUGGAAUUGAUUGACAGUCCUUUACAUGGGAGGAAAUUCACUUGA